AUGAACGAGUUCGCUCGCUUCUCCAAGCGCGCCGUAGACUGGGUCUUCGACAGACCACCUAGAAAUGAGGAUGACUCGCCCAUCUGGUGUCUAGGGCGAUCGUAUAAGUCGGAGUAUCAAGCAGAACGACCGUCCACAGCACCUGGCUCCUCUCCUUCGGCGCAGUCAGCAACAUCUCAUGCCGAUUCCGCUGUUGUGACUCAGCCUCAACAUCAACCGAAGAGUGAGGAAUUACGAGAUAAGGAUGACGACGAGGAGUUGGUCAAGAGCUUCGACCAGGUCCAGCUAUCCAAGUCGAUGGACGAGGAAGACCUUGGCUGGCCUUCUGAAUUUCUAGACGACUUUGAGUCGAGAGUCUGGAUCACAUAUCGAGAUGCCUUUCCACCUAUACCCAAGUCAAGCCAUCCUGCCGCUGCAUCCAAAAUGUCCUUCACAACCAAGCUUCGAAACUUCACAAACCAAGCAGGCUUCACCUCAGACACAGGCUGGGGCUGCAUGAUAAGGAGUGGCCAGUCUCUGCUCGCGAACACCAUUGUCGUGCACAGAUUAGGCAGGGAUUGGAGGAAAGGUCAGAAGGAGCGGGAACACAAGGACAUUCUAUCGCUGUUCGCAGAUACACCAGACGCGCCUUUCUCAAUACAUAAGUUUGUCGAGCAUGGUGCUCAGGCUUGCGGAACAUAUCCUGGCGAGUGGUUUGGCCCAAAUGCCACAGCCAGAUGUCUACGUGCCCUUACCGACAAGUACCAUCAAGCCGGUUUGCGAGUAUACGCCCGACCAAACGAUAGCGACGUCUACAUUGAUGCACUCACCGCCACAGCCACACAAAAGGACGCCAACGACGAAUUCCAGCCAACCCUGAUCGUGCUGGGCAUCCGUCUAGGCAUAGAAAAGGUCACACCAGCAUACCAUGCCGCCCUCAAAGCCGCUCUCGAACUCCCGCAAAGUAUGGGUAUUGCAGGUGGAAGACCGAGCAGUAGUCACUACUUUGUUGGCCACCAAGGUGACAACUUCUUCUACCUCGAUCCACACACAACACGGCCAAUGCUCUCACCACAGCCCUCAGCCGAAGAUGUUGAUACCUGCCAUACGAGACGAGUGCGGAGACUUUCUCUCGCAGAAAUGGAUCCCUCAAUGCUACUAGGCUUCCUCGUCCGCUCCAAAGAAGACUUCGAAGAGUGGCGCAAAGCUGUUGCAAAUAUGCCGGGCAAAGCCAUCAUUCACAUCCACGACACAGAGCCAAAGUACUCGACAGGAAACGAGCGGGCUGGCGCGGUGGAUGAAGUCGAGACUUUGGAUGAGACUUUGGACGAAGAAGAGGACGAAGGCGAAGUCUUGUAA